CUCAUUCCAGUCCCUCUUGACUCGUCGUUCUCCCUCCCCUACCCUCUCGUCCCCUCCUUCUCGUGGCGGCGGCCUCGAGUCCAGUUCCCUACGGAAUCUCUCCAUUCCGUUCACUUGGUUUCUUAUUCAAUUGAUUGCGGUAGUGAUCCAAUAAAGCUAUUUAUUGGCAGUGAUUUCUCGUUCAUCUCGAUUCACUUCAGUUUAUGGUUCUUAUGAUUGAAUCAGACCAAGAAAUUUCUUGUCAAAUUGCAUUAGUAAGCUGAAAUGGGGAGUCGCAGAAGCAAAGCGGAUAGUGAAGCAAGUGCUGAACAGUCUUCGUUAGUUCCAAGAAAGAAGCCACUGGUGAUCGAAGGGUAUCCAGUUGAGGGGUUGUCAAUUGGAGGGCAGGAGACUUGUGUCAUCUUCCCGUCACUUAAGUUGGCCUUUGACAUUGGUAGAUGCCCGCAGCGAGCCAUUUCCCAGGAAUUUCUGUUCAUUACCCAUGGCCAUAUGGAUCACAUAGGAGGACUUCCUAUGUACGUUGCUACUAGAGGAUUAUAUAGCAUGAAGCCUCCAACUAUCUUUGUCCCAGUGUCUAUAAAAGAACAUGUGGAAAAACUGUUUGAGGUGCACAGGGCGAUUGACCAAUCUGAACUGAAGCACAAUUUAGUCGCCCUUAAUGUAGGCGAAGAAUUUCAAUUGAGAAAUGAUCUUAAAGUUAGAGCAUUCAAGACCUACCAUGUUAUACCUAGCCAGGGUUAUUGUAUCUACUCUGUCAAAAAAAAGCUUAAGGCAGAAUUUUGUGGUCUUUCUGGAAAUGAGAUUAAGAGCUUGCGACUAUCAGGUGUUGAGAUUACUGACACAAUAACAACUCCUGAAAUUGCCUUCACGGGAGAUACGAUGUCAGAUUUUGUUGUUGACCCUGACAAUUCUGAUGUACUUAAUGCAAGAAUUCUUGUGAUGGAGAGCACUUUUGUGAAUGACUCAAUGUCAGUUCAACAUGCUAGGGAUUACGGCCACACCCAUUUGUUUGAGAUCGCAAGUUAUGAGAACCGAUUCCAAAAUAAAGCAAUUUUGCUCAUCCAUUUUUCAGCUCGUUAUUAUCCAGAGGUAAGUCAUUGCCAUUUCUGA